AUGUUGCGAACAUUAUGGGGAAGAACAAAUAAUAAUAUUUCCAAUGACAACGAUGACCGAAAUGCAUUUUAUCAUGAUCAGGAUAGUUAUGAAGACGAACAUGAAUCAAUUGAUCAUUCUUAUCUACAAGAACAUUGUCAUUUUUUAUUGCUAUCGCAAAAAGAGGAUCGGAAAGCUGAACGAUCAUUAAUGGUGGUAGCAAUUUUAAGUGCUGUUUUUAUUAUUGCUGAAUUCAGUGGUGGCGUUUUGGCCCGUAGUUUAGCAAUAAUGACCGAUGCUGGACAUAUGCUUAGUGAUUUACUCUCCUUUAUUAUAUCUAUCAUAGCAAUUCGACUUGCACGCUCUCCUGCAAAUCACCGAUUAUCGUUUGGUUUUCUUCGUGCAGAAAUUUUGGGUGCUACGAUAUCGAUUAUAAUUAUAUGGAUUCUUACGACGAUGCUUGUAAUGCUUGCUUUACAGCGAAUUAUAAAUAAUAAUUUCGAUGUUGAUGCAAAUACAAUGAUUGUAACGGCAAGUGCAGGUGUAUUCUUUAAUAUUAUCAUGGGAUUCGUUUUGCGAUAUUUUGGUUGUGCUCAUUCACAAGAUAUGGGUCAUAGUCACAGUAGUGCUAAUGUGAAUGUACGGGCAGCUUUUAUCCACGUACUUGGCGAUUUUAUACAGAGUAUCGGCGUCCUAACUGCUGCUAUUGUGAUUAAGGUAACAGAUUGGAAAUUAGCUGAUCCAUUAUGUACUUUCCUCUUUUCCAUUGUCGUAUUUAUCACUAGUGUUACUGUAAUUCGGGAUAUUUUCUUCAUAUUAAUGGAAGGAACACCCGCACAUAUCAAUUACGGUAACUUACAAAAUGAUUUGAUGGGCAUAAAUGGUGUACGAACGUUGCAUAGCUUACAUGUGUGGUCAUUGAAUAUGGACAAAACAGCUUUAGCAGUUCAUUUGGCCAUUGAUGAACCAGAGAAAGCAACAGAAACAAUGCAAAUAGCUAGUAGAAUUAUACGCUUCAAACAUGGUAUACAUCUUGCUACAAUACAAAUCGAACGAUAUGAAAAUUUCAUGUUAUCAUGCAAGUUCUGUAAACCAUUAUUUGAACCAAACACAAGGGUUGAUAUUUGA